UGAUAUCUGUUUUGUGGGCAUUAGGGUGUCAUUCAUUCACCUUAAUGAUGACACGUGGGUCUGGCCCACAAAAGCUCAUCACCUAAUAAACCAUCUUGUUAGUCUUUAAAGUGCUACAUAGUUCUGUCUUUUGUUUCAACAAUGACUGUCAGGUAUUGAAAUCCUGUUUUUACUCCUUGGUAGUAAAUCAGUUUAAAUUCUGUAAUUCUAACUCCAGAGUGAUAUCUGGGCACUCAUGUUUAUUUCUUUUUUUCAGUGAAAGCAUGUGUCAACAUAUCUGGUUUGGACAGCUUCAGUUGUGACUCUGUUAACUAGAAUGAGAGGCCACUGAGCCAUGCAGAACAGCUGGCUCAGCUAUUAGAUACUUCCUGAAGCUUUGAAAGGGGAGGGACACAUCCCUGCAAGGCAGCAGAGGUCACAAAACCGAGCACAGCCAUCAGGGCAGCCAUUGUGAGAUAUUGGUGCAAGACACUUCUUCCAACAAAAGAAACAGCAGAGUCUACACUGGCUCUUUACCCAUAAUAAAGAGAGUGGAAAAGAAGAAAGUUCCUUGCAGAGCUGGAAGUUUGUUGUCGUCAAACUGGUUGUUUUUCCCCAAAAAAGUAGCAUUGCAGUGUAAACAUUCACUGUUUUGUUGCUAAAAGGCAGGUUUUGGCAACAAAACAUGCCAGUGCAGACAGGGCCUAAGCUGAGCCUGGAGCUGGAAGUUGAAGAUUUGCCAGUUAUUACUGAUUUUUGUUUUCAGUAAGCAGUGUUUUUACAAGGAUAAACACAAGAGCUCACCCAAUGAAUUUAAUACACAGCCAGUUUAAAGAAACAGAAGGAAGUGCUUCACAAAACACACAGACAACCUGUGGAACUCCUGUCAUAGAUUGCUGAGAGAGUCAAAAGCACAAGUUGGUUAAAAAGAGUACUAGAUAUGUUCAUAGGGUAUAGGUUCAUCAAUGGUUAUUAGCUAGGAAGGCCAUGGGUGCAACUUGGUUAUUUAUGUCCCAAAGCCUUUGGCUGCCAGAAGUUUGAGACUGAAUGACAGAAAAUGGAUCAAAAAUGCCUUGUUUGGUUCAUUGCCUCUGAAGCAUCGGGCAUCAGUAACGGUCAGAAGUCAGGAUAGGGGGCCAGAUGGACCAUUGGUUUCACUUAGUAUGACCAUUUUUAUUUUCUCCUGGAAAGUUGUCUUGUGGCACUGCUUCAUGCUACAUCAGCCCUACAUCAUGGGAUGAAAGUUUUUCACAGCCUCAGAUUGUGGGUCAGUCCAAGAAUGAACAAAUGUAUGAAGCCUUAUGUUGUGCAGACCACAAAUCUUGAAAAAUUCAGCCCUGUGAUUCUUGCUGAAGUUGAGAAGCUCUUUGAGAAGAAGUUCUCAUAUACAAAAUCACCAGAAAGUGAAUGGCAACUGCCAGAUUCCAGUGAGAUAUUUACCUGCAAUCACAAAGAAUUCAGUGCCCUCCUUGCUCUGAAGGACUCCAUGAAUGAAGUAAAAAACCAACUGAGUGAUAAAAAAUUGGAUGCAUGGCAUCAGCACACUUCCUUCACCAAUAAAGCAGGGAAAAUCAUUCCUCAUGUGAAGAGAUCUGUGAAUGCUGAGCUGUGUACUCAGGCUUGGUGCAAGUUCCAUGAGAUUCUGUGCAGUUUCCCCCUUCUCCCAAAAGAAGCUCUUCAGAAUGGGGAACUUAAUACUGUUCAUCUCUGUGAAGCACCUGGUGCUUUUAUAGCCAGUCUCAAUCACUACUUGAAAUCCCAUCACAUCCCUUGUGAUUGGAACUGGGUAGCCAAUACCCUCAACCCGUAUCAUGAAGCAAAUGACACUCUUGUGAUGAUUAUGGAUGACCGACUUAUUGCAAAUACAUUGCCAUGGUGGUAUUUUGGACCAGAUAAUACGGGGGAUGUGAUGACACUGAAACAUCUAACUGGACUUCAGCACUUCAUAAGUAAUAUGUCCACUGUUCACUUGGUAACUGCUGAUGGGAGUUUUGAUUGCCAAGGAAAUCCAGGUGAACAAGAAGCCCUUGUCUCACCUCUGCAUUACUGUGAAACAGUCACUGCUUUAAUGACCCUCAGCAAUGGUGGCUCCUUUGUUUUAAAGAUGUUCACUUUGUUUGAACAUUGUUCUGCCAAUCUGCUUUUUCUGCUAAAUUGUUCCUUCGAGGAGGUCCAUGUCUUUAAACCUGCCACUAGCAAACCUGGGAACUCAGAAGUCUAUGUGGUUUGUCUUCAUUACAUGGGCAGAGAGGCAAUCCAUCCUUUGCUGUCCAAGAUGAUUCAGAACUUUGGAACAGAAAUGGUUAACAAAGCCCUCUUUCCCGAACAUGUGAUUCCAGAAUCUUUCCUUAAAAAACAUGAAGAAUGCUGUGUGUUCUUUCACAAGUACCAAAUAGAGACUAUAUCGGAGAAUAUCCGACUCUUUGAGUGCAUGGGGGAAGCAGAACAAGUAAAGCUGAACAACUUAAGGGACUGUACAGUGGAAUUUUUUAUGCAAAGAUUCAACCUGAAACACAUUACAAGAAAUAACUGGCUAGUGAAGAAAUCUCAUGUAGGCUGCAGCAUAAAUGCAAAAUGGUUUGGACAGAAGAACAAGUAUUUUAGUUCAUACAAUGAAAGAAAGAUGCUGGAAUCCCUCACAUGGGAUGAGAAGGUGGCCAAAGGCUAUCUUAACCAUUGGGCUGAAGAGCAUGCUUUAGGUGAUGCUGGGAAAAGCUGCAUUUUGGAAGGCUCAUCCUGUAACCUUGAAUACAAUUUAUGGUACAUCCUGGAGGGAAGGAAGCUGCCAGGAGUAAAAUGCUCUCCAUUCUGUGAUGGUGAGGUCUUGAAGAAUCUCAACGAAGCCAUCAAAGAAUCAUUAGUAGGCAGACUAAGAGCUAGUUCCUUCUCCAAACGAACACAUGAGUGGUGUCAUUCUUGCAGUGUUCUUACUGAGGCACUGAUAUUAUCUCAGUUGUCCAGCCUUACUAAGUACCAUCAGAAGGUACCAAAUGAAGGAUGCAGUGACCAAAUCAAGUGUCUUGUGGUAGGCUUUCCGUCUCUUUGUGACCUCAAAAGCCAGUGCAAUAUGGAAGUUAGGCUUCUGGAAUCAGCCACACUCUUGACUUUCAGCUGUUCUUUGCUUCAUGAUGGAGAGCCAAAAUAUCAGCAGCAUCUUUUAGACUGUAUCCUAUGUGCAUUUAAUCAACUUCAACUGGGAGAUGCUUUGAUUCUCCCUGUUCUUUCUUGUUUUACACGAUUCACAGCUGGCUUGAUUUUUGUACUGAAUGGCUGUUUCAGCUACAUCUCUUUUGCAUGUCCCAUAGCCUCUGAACCUCUAGGGACCAAUGCAGUUUUGUUGUGUAUUGGCUAUCAAGGUCUUCCGGAGCCAGUUGUUGAGUACCUGCAGCAUCUGAAUAAACUAAUGAGCUCUUUGCUCAACUCAGAAUCUCCUCAGCAGGUUUUACAGUUUGUUCCGAUAGAAAUGCUUUUGAAAGGCAUGCUGCUGGAGUUUUUAUGGGAUUUGAAUACUGCUAUUGCGAAGAGACAGCUCCAUUUAAUUGUACAAGUUGAGCAGCAACAAAUGCAGAGAAAUCUUUAAUUUUAGUGAUUCUUUAAUCAGUUUGGUACACGUUAUUUCACUUCACUGGCAUUACAGUUCUUAAUUUGUUAAUUUUUCUUUUGCUAGUGUGAAUAUAAUUUCAUUUUAAAACUGAGAAUUAUUUUAAUUUUGGUAUCUAAUUUUGCGUGGCCCAGUAGCAUUAUCUGUUGCCAUACAUCCUGUAAGCGUGGGCUUUAUUUUACCUGAUGGAGAGAUUGUGAGGCAAAAUAAAGGUCUGCAAUUUUGGA